AACCCUACAACUUUCUUCUCGUAAUUCCUCUAGACUGCUGCAUUCAUUGCAUGACGGAGACUUUGACUUGCCCUGGGAUUCCUUGACCUCUCUACAGGGUAUCUUAAUCUCACAAGCAAUAACAAGCACCCCGCCCCCGCUUAUCUGAGCUGGCUGCCAUAUCGUCAUUGAGAAUAUCUGGGCGAAGCAGAUUCGCAUCGCUGCAAAGGGCUUUGUUACACAGAUCUCUUGGACGAUUUAUUGUAGAUCUUUGCAGCGCCCAUGGCAGGCUCUUCACAGCUACCGGGCGGCUUCAUCCGCUCUCAAGGCGGUCUUCCUUCGCCUGCACCAUCAUCAGCGUCUUCACGGGCUGCGUCUAGUCUGCCGCAUCCGAGGAACAAUGCACUACAGCCUGGAUCCAAUAAGGAGGACAUGGUAAGGAGAUAUGUAGAGGACAGAAUGCUCUAUAUUUCCCGCCGCUAUGUGAAGAAGUUUGGGAAUCCGGAUCCUGGAGAUGCGGUUGUCGGAUUCAAGAGCUUUGGUGAAGUCUGCAAAGAGCUCGAUGGGAUUGUGAAUGUUUUGUGGAAAUCGGGCACACCGGGUUUACAAAUACCGUUCCUGCUCAAGAUGGCAAGCGACUUCACGCAAUACGUCAGAUCGUUUCCGCCAUCGUCCAAGGCGUCAUUUGAUCUACUACACAAGCUUGACCACUGCUUUGCAAGCUUACUCUCAGGCCAAGACAUUGAAACUAACGAGACGCUUCCGGGAUUUGAAAAUGGUCUGCGGGCGGGCAUGACCACGACUGACAUGGUGCGAUGCCGGAGUCUUGUUGAGCAGACGAGGGUGUUGAUGGUUGAAGUCAUGAGUAGUGGCGAACAAGAAGAAGAGGAGGAGGAUGAUGAGGAUGAGGAUGAUGAUGAGACUGAUGGAGAUGACGGCCAAGAGACGGAAAGGGCGGAAAGCUACGAUGCUGGCGGCAACUCUGCGUGGGACAUAGACGAGGAUGAGAUGCACCUGGAUGCUGCGCGCAUCUACGAGAAGACGAUUGUGCAGCUGGGGAGGAGGCUUGGGGAUUCUCUAGGGAGCGGCAUUGGUGUCGGCGGCGGCGAUGCUGCCAUGACAAAUACGUGAAAAUGUGUAUGCCAGACUACCUAUGCAGCAGGUCAGAUGGAUAGAACUGAGUUUGCGCUUUGCGAUAAGUGAGAGUGAUGGGAGUGCAUGGUAGUAUUGGGCAUGUUAUCAGAGUUUGUGUUUGCUGCACCAAACAAACAUUUUGCCCCUGUCUAGCUGCCAGACUACAAGAUAACCAUCUCAUGUAUAAGCCUCUAUAAAAAAAGUAAAAAACAAAACAAACUAUAGCUACAACCGCUAGAAG